CUCUUAUAGAAAAAAAAAAAACCCAAAAGUGAGAAUCCGAUCCAUUUGUAGAUAUUUGAGAACCUUUUUUUUCGCCUUUCUACUCCGAAUAUCAUUCGCCUUUAAGCCGCCUCCGACUCCGUCGAUCACCUCACUCACGACUCACGCCCCUCCGUUGCUUCCAAUUUCCAUCAAUGGCAUCUCAGGCCGACUCAUCUCUGCAAGCCAUCCGUUAUAACCGUGGCUCACUUCAGCUACUUGAUCAGAGAAAACUUCCUCUUGAUACGAUCUAUUUGGAGAUUCGAGAUGCUGCUGAAGGCUGGGAAGCAAUCAGAGAGAUGGUGGUUCGUGGUGCACCUGCAAUCGCCAUAGCUGCAGCACUUUCACUCGCUGUAGAAGCAUCUAAACUGGAAGAAUUUAGUGGUACACCAAAUGACGCAGCAUCGUUUCUCAAAACGAAAUUGGAAUACCUAGUCUCAAGUCGUCCAACAGCUGUGAAUCUUUCAGAUGCUGCAACUAAACUUACAGAGAUUAUUACGAACUCUGCUGCAACUGCUACAGAGGCUAACCAAGUGUUCCUUGCUUACAUUGAAGCUGCUGAAGUAAUGCUGGAAGACGAUGUUGCAUCCAAUAAAGCAAUCGGGUCUUAUGGAUCUUCUUUCAUUCAAAAUCAACAAAAGGAAUCUAAGAAAUUGUCUGUUUUGACACAUUGUAAUACUGGAAGUCUUGCAACAGCUGGAUUUGGAACUGCUCUUGGAGUAAUCCGUGCACUACAUGCUGAUGGAGUACUAGAAAUAGCUUAUUGCACAGAAACCCGUCCAUUUAACCAAGGAUCAAGAUUGACAGCUUAUGAAUUAGUUCAUGACAAAAUCCCCGCAACACUUAUAGCAGAUUCUGCAGCUGCUGCUUUAAUGAAAACUAGACGUAUCCAUGCUGUCAUUGUUGGAGCUGAUCGUGUUGCUGCUAAUGGUGACACUGCGAACAAGAUUGGAACAUACAGCCUAGCGUUAUCUGCUAAACAUCAUGGUGUUCAAUUUUACGUUGCGGCCCCCUUGACUUCGGUUGACUUGUCAUUAUCUUCCGGAAAUGAAAUUGUUAUAGAAGAAAGGUCGCCAAAGGAGUUGCUUAACACACGUGGUGGUAUGGGAGAACAAGUUGCAGCUUCUGGGAUUUGUGUUUGGAAUCCAGCUUUUGAUGUUACACCAGCUAAUUUAAUAUCUGGUAUCAUAACUGAAAAGGGUGUGAUUACAAAGAGUGGGAAUGAUUUUUUUGACAUUGAAGGUUUUGUACACAAGAGUAUGAGCAACUAAUGUGUAAUGAUAUGCUGGGGUUUUUAGGUUACUAUUGUUAUGAGUUUGUAAUGUGUUUUUGAAUAAAUCAUAGAAAGGUCUAAAUAAUUGGCUUCUCUGUUAGAGGUGUGUGACAACAUUUUGCCAUUAAAAAAUAUAAAUUUGGUCAAAAUAGAA